AUGGAUGUAAACUGCCUGAUGACGAGGUUUGACCAGUUUGUGUCCAAGAAACCUGACAGGCCAAACAUUUUCAUUGAAAUAAAGAAACUUAGCAUACGUAAUCAUACUGAAUCGCUGAAAUGGUUGAUAGAUCACAUUAGAACCAAGCAAGAGCUUGCGAAGAAAACUAUGGUGUUUUGCAGAGAGGUGGACACUGUCUCAGACAUUUUCACUCAAAUGAGGGUACAGUUAGGCGACGAUACAUAUGUUUCUGGGACAAAAGAUUCAAACAUGGCCACUACCGCCCUUGGUAUGGGACUGGAUAUUCCUGAUGUGGACGUUGUUGUCCAUGUCGGAUGUGCGAAGUCUGUCUUAUGUUACUGGCAAGACGUAGGCCGGUGUGCCAGAGAUGGGAGAAGAGGAUAUGCGAUUGCAUUAUGUGACAACUUCACAAAGUCACGAAAAAAUACUGUUGACGACAUAAAAGACAUUGUCAACAACGUAACAUCGUCUUGCUCCAGGGAGAGGCUGAUGCAACAGUUCGAAGGGGAUACUGACACAAAACGAAUUAUUUCUUGUGGACAGUGUACAGUGGACGACAUCUGUCCGUGUACACUUUGUAAUUGUUGCACCUACUGCAGAUCAAACUGUCCUUGUCAAGACGUUAUUAAUUACAACGUGGAAAAAGUUAUGGCAUAA